ACAGAUACAGCUUGUCCUGUCUUAUUGACUCGCAAAGAUUUGCAAAAAAAAAACUUUUGACAAAAUCCCUUCGGAAAAAUGGAAAACGUGUUAAACCGAACUUGAUUCUUCUUCACUCCAAAAAGCAGUUAGUUUCUCGAACGAACGAUAAUCAUGAGCAGCACCACCGAGAGAGUUCCGUGCGACUUCUGCAACGAGCGAGCGGCGGUUCUGUUCUGCAGAGCCGACGCGGCGAACCUCUGUUUACCAUGCGACCACCACGUGCACACGGCGAAUCUCCUCUCGAGGAAGCACGUGCGGUCCCAGAUCUGCGAUAACUGCGGCAACGAGCCUGUCUCCGUGCGGUGCUUCACCGACGGCCUCGUGCUUUGUCAGGAGUGCGACUGGGAUGUUCACGGGAGCUGUUCCUCGGUCUCCGACGCGCACGUCCGCUCCGUUGUCGAAGGGUUUACAGGAUGUCCGUCGGCGCUGGAGCUCGCCGCGUUGUGGGGGAUCGAUCUUGAAGGGAUGAAGGAAGAGAAGAAGCAAGUGCCGAUGAUGAUGAUGAUGAUGGAGAGUUUUGGGAUGCAGUUGGAUUCGUGGAUCUCUGGAUCUGACGUUAUGCAGCAGGAGCUGGUGGUUCCUGUCCCCAAGGAGACGACGGCGUUUAAGAAAGGUGGGUCUAGUAGCUGUGGGAGGUUUAAGCAAGUGUUGUGUAAACAGCUCGAGGAGCUGCUCAAGAGUGGUGUUGACGACGAUGGUGGUGGAGAGGGGGAAGGAGAAGGAGGAGAAGGGAAUAUGGUUCUGGAGAGAUUGGGAUGGAGAAGAGAUGAAGAGGAGAUCAGUGGCGGGGCGGCAGAUGUGAACCAGCAGCAGCCUCCAACGACGUCGUUUACGUCUUUGCUGUGGAAUGCUGCUAACCCUAGUGAUGGCCAGAGACAGAGUACUCAGAUUUGGGAUUUUAACUUGGGACAGUCAAGAGAACCCGAGGACAGCAGCCGUGUGGAAGCUGCUGCAUAUGAUAUAAAAGAUGCUGCUUCAUUCAAAAUCAAGAAGAAUGAUACUUGUUCCACUAAAGCCAAAGGUGUUAAAGAGAUUUGCCAGGAUGACUACAAUCAAUCAACUACUUCAGGGCAGGUACCAGUAACAUCUGAGAGCAGCAAUCUUCCUAUUACCUUUGGCUCCGAGAAAGGUUCAAACUCUUCUAGCGAGUUACAUUUCGCUGAAACAAUUACUGGAGCUAGCUCUAAGACCACGAGACUAGUGCCAACAAAGGCUGAUCUGGAGCUACUGGCUCAGAACAGAGACAAUGCAAUGCAGCGUUACAAAGAAAAGAGGAAAACACGGAGAUAUGAUAAGACCAUAAGGUAUGAAUCGAGGAAAGCAAGAGCUGAUACAAGGUUGCGUGUCAAAGGCAGAUUCGUCAAAGCUACUGAAGCUCCUUAUUAUCCUUAAAAGGUCUCUCUUCUCUUAAGUUAGGAACUUUUUAUCUCUCUACUUCCACUGCCUCGUAAAAUGUAUAUAUAUAAGCUCGGUCUCGUCUCAUCCUUUUUGUUUGUUUGUUUGUUGUAUCUGUCCCCUUUUUGUAGUACUUUGGAAACUUCUCUCUUUGAAAAAAAGAUUUGUCUCAA